AAGGAAGACCUCAUGGCAGAAUCCUUCCUCGUUCCUCCUCCCCCAGCCUCCACCCAUCAGUCGAAGAGCGUCCGGUUCGUUGUAGAUGCUCUAUCGGCCGUGCAUCACGAUCGCACGCCCAUUGCUGACUGGGACGAGAACGACUACGCCUACAUUGGAGUACUUGCAACUGCGUUGGAUUCAGGGAAGCUUGGGUUAGAUGACGUUGCGUGGAAGGGCCCGGGGAGCGAGACGUCGAAGGAGCAGAGGUUCAUUGCAGAGGCAGUGGUUGCUAGAAUGAAGACAGAGAGGGAGGCGGUCAAGGACCACAAGGACGAGGACGAGGAAGCGGAUAUGAACAACGACCAUGCGGUCUUGCUGUCGGCGCUGAACCUUAAUCAUCCGGAGAACCCUCUACGAGAGUACGCACACUUGUAGAUCUUCCUUGUAUUCCGUCUGUACGAUCAGCCGACUCCAAAUGUGAUUGAAUUCUCCCGGUCAAUGAACC